GCAAAAUGGCCGUGCGUAACCCCCGUGUCUUCUUCGAUGUCGCCAUCGGCAGCCAGCCCGCCAAGCGCAUGGUUUUCGAGCUGUUCAAGAAGCAGGUGCCCAAGACGAGCGAGAACUUCCGUGCCCUGUGCACCGGCGAGAAGGGCCUGGGCGUUUCCCAAAAGCCCCUCCACUUUAAGAACACCCGCUUCCACCGUAUCAUCCCUCAGUUCAUGGCUCAGGGCGGCGAUUUUACCCAUCACAAUGGCUAUGGCGGCGAGUCCAUCUAUGGUGCCCGCUUCGAGGACGAGAACUUUGAGGUGCGCCACGAUCGCCGUGGCCUCUUGAGCAUGGCCAACGCCGGACCCAACACCAAUGGCUCGCAAUUCUUCGUGACCAUGGUCCCCACUCCCCACCUGGAUGGUCGCCACGUCGUGUUUGGUGAGCUCGUGUCUGGUUUCAGCGUCCUUGACAACCUCGAAGCCAUCGGCUCUGGCAGCGGCACGCCCUUGGAAGACGCCAUCAUCCAAGACUGCGGCGAGCUCGACGAGAUUGACGAGUAAAGAGUGUCAUGGCUUUACGUCUACACAAUUCCUGGUGGUUCUGCUUUUGACAUGAACAGAACGGCGUAAAAUCGAUCCAUUAAAAAGG